AUGCGGACUUUGUAUAUCGCUGUUUUGUUCUUUGGGUCCACUUUAGGGGGUAAAGCGCCUUGCAUCGAACUCAACGAUGGCAACAAAAUGCCAGUUGUUGCUCUUGGAACUGGACGAGGCACUGCUAGUGAGUCAGCUCCGAUAGAUGAAGUGCGUCUAGCAGUGUAUUGGGCUAUAGAAGCUGGUUACAGGCAUAUCGACACUGCGGCUAUUUACUUCGACGAGCCUCAGGUUGGACAAGGCAUUGCUGACGCGAUCGCCAACAACUUGGUUACCAGGGAGGAGUUGUUUGUUACUACUAAGUUAUGGAACGAUAAGCAUCGCAAAGAACAAGUUGUUCCCGCCCUUCAAGAGUCAUUAGAAAAGCUCGGAUUGGACUAUGUCGAUCUUUAUCUCAUUCACUUCCCUAAAGCUGAAAAAGCCGAUGGUAGUCCAGAUGAUGUUGAUUACUUGGAGACUUGGCAAGGAAUGGAGGAAGCUAAGGAGCUGGGCUUGGCGCGGUCUAUCGGAGUGUCAAACUUCAAUGCCUCGCAAAUCGACAGAUUGGUCUCGAACUGUAAAAUUUGGCCCGCUGUCAAUGAAGUUGAGGUCAAUCCAACUCUAACGCAAGAAGAAUUAGUCGGCCAUUGUCAAGAGUUAGCUAUAGCUGUAAUGGCGUACAGUCCAUUCGGUUUUUUGGUGGCCAGAAAUGUUCCUAAUGCACCCCCACCUCGUGUAGACGAUCCUAUACUUGUAGAAAUGGCGAACAAGUAUGGAAAGACUACCAGUCAAAUUGUUUUGAGAUAUUUAAUCGAACGUGGUUUAACACCAAUCCCAAAAUCAACCAACAGGAACAGAAUAGCUCAAAACAUCGACUUGUUUGACUUUAACUUGACUGAUGAUGAAGUGUACGAAAUCAGCAAAUUCAACAAAAACAUCCGUGUUAUUAAAUUC